AUGCUCCGUGUUCGUCCCGUUCAGAACCUUCAGGCGUACCCUAUCCAAGUCCGCAAUCUUCGACGAGCAUACAUGGGCGACUCCAAGACUCCACACUCAACCGAAGCAACAAUGGCAGCCGCCCCCAGAAGGCAGCCCCUGUUUCGUCGAGAUACCGGCUCAGAACGUGGAGAAGCUCAAAGACUUGCUGGGGCGAUCGUUAAAAUGGCUGGGGAUGGGUUAGGCGCCGCGGCAGAGCAGCCGGGGCCUCACGGUGCGACUGUCUAUUAUAUUGUGGAGUCUCUUGAAAUGACGGAGAAACGGGUAAACGAGCUAGGCGGAAGCGUCAUUCAGGCGAAGACGACGGAGAGUGCGUAUGGUUCGCUUAUGAAGUUCAGCGAUCCAGAGGGGAACCAAUUUGGCUGCUAUGAGGUGGUGCGCCGCUAA